UAAAAAAUGAAAGGAAGAAGGAAAAAAAAACAUAGAGGUAACAUGGGAAGAUGUUGGGAAUUUGCAACUAAACUGGACUAUUUUUUUUUUGCUUUCAGAAAUAUGAAGUGAUUGCAAAGAGUCAGUUGAAGAAGCUCACAAAACUAUGGAAGGAUGAGUGCAAAAAGAUCGAAGCUCGGCUCAAGAAAGAGAAGGAGGAUGCCGAGAAGAGAGCAAAGGCCAUAGAGGAAGCCAAGAAGGUCGUGAUCACAGAGGACAAGAGCCUGCCAGCCCCCGUCUGCAUCAAGAUCCGCGACGGAAAGGAGCACAGAGGGAAACGUGUCAAAAUCAGGGGCUGGGUCCACCGUCUGAGGAGGCAGGGCAAAAACAUGAUGUUCAUCGUUCUGCGAGAUGGCUCAGGAUACCUACAGUCGGUGCUGACGGACCAGCUUUGCCAGACGUACGAGGCCAUCAUCCUCAACACUGAAAGCACCGUCACUCUCUAUGGCAUGCUCCAGGAGGUGCCGGAGGGGAAGGAGGCCCCAGGUGGACACGAACUCCAGGUGGAUUACUGGGAGCUGGUGGGAGAGUCACCAGCUGGUGGUGCCGAGGCAGAGAUCAACCAGCUGUCCAACCCUGAUGUGCAGCUGGACAAGCGACACCUCAUGAUCCGCGGAGAGAACUGCUCUAAGGUGCUGCGGCUGCGUUCAAUCCUUAUGAAGGCCUUCGUGGACCACUACACGGACCGCGGCUACGAGUGGAUAUCCCCCCCGACCCUGGUGCAGACGCAGUGUGAGGGAGGCUCCACGCUCUUCGACUUCAAUUUCUUUGGCGAGAAGGCCUACCUCACUCAGUCCAGCCAGCUGUACCUUGAGACGUGCAUUCCCAGUUUUGGCGAUGUGUUCUGCAUUGAGCAGAGUUACCGAGCGGAGCAGUCACGCACCAGAAGGCAUCUGGCAUCUUACACUCACGUUGAAGCCGAGUGCCCCUUCAUUAGCUUCGAUGACCUCCUGGAUCGCAUUGAGGAUCUGGUGUGCGAUGUGGUGGACCGCGUGUUGAAGCACCCCGUGGGCGGAGACCUGAUGAAGGACCUCCACCCUGAGUUUGUGGCUCCCACUCGGCCCUUCCUCAGAAUGCCGUACAAAGACGCCAUCCAGUACCUCAAGGACAAUGGCAUCACCAAAGAGGAUGGGACACUGUAUGAGUUUGGAGAGGACAUUCCCGAGAUGCCGGAGCGCAAGAUGACAGACAAGAUCGGCCGACCAAUCCUGCUGAACCGGUUCCCUGCGGGCAUCAAGGCCUUCUACAUGUCUCGCUGCCAGGACGACAAGAGCCUCACCGAAUCCGUCGACUUGUUAAUGCCAGGCGUGGGAGAGAUUGUCGGAGGCUCAAUGAGGAUGCACGACUACCAAGAGCUCAUGGAUGCUUACAAGGCUAAUGACUUGGACGCAAAGCCGUACUAUUGGUAUACCGAUCAGCGGCGGUACGGGACCAGCCCCCACGGCGGCUACGGACUGGGCUUGGAGCGCUUCCUCUGCUGGAUCGCCAACCGCUACCACAUUAGAGAAGCCACUCUCUACCCCAGAUUCGUUGGCCGUUGCACGCCUUAAGCAAAGAAUGAUUAAUAAAUAUAUUACAACCACAGUGUGAAAGAGUUACUAGGGAUUUUUUUUUUUCUUCCCUCUGAUGUACACACUAUUGUUGCUAGAGACACGGAAGUCCAUUGACUGUUAUUUUCCAAGCUGUUUUAUAGCUUGCCGUUUUGUAUUCCUGAUUAAUGCGAGAUGCGUGUAUAAAAUGGCCUUUUUAUAUUUAUGAAUAACAAUGCCUUCAUACUUAUCUGUGAUUGAGAAGGGUUUGCCUGGUUAAUGAACAUGGAGAGGGUUGGCUGUUUCUCUCUCUCUCUCUCUCUCUCUCUCUCUCUCUCUCUCUCUCUCUCUCUCUCUCUCUCUCUCUCUCUCUCUCUCUCUCUCUCUCUCUCUCUUUUCUUUCUUUCUGGCCUGCUUAAAUAAUUUGAGUAUCAGAAAUCAUACCUUUUGUUUAUUUAUUGAUUGAUUUUUAUCAAGUAGAACCAGUGAUUCAGGUUAUAUAUCAUUUCUCUAUGAUACAAUUUUAAAUGGUCUUCCUUUUCAUAGAAUGCAAUUCCUACUUGAUUUAGAAAGUUGCACUGAUUUACACGCUGUAGUGACUUUCAAGAGAGGGAUGUGUUUGAGGCCGGUCCACAAGAGCAGGCACAAUUGGUGGCAAAAGUGCAAGCACAGGUAAUGAUGCCAUUACCGAUGGGCAAACCUCUCCAUAAACAAGUUGUUUUCCCCCUUGCUUUCUUGGCUGUGGUGUAAACAUUACAGGUGCCUAUUAUUGUGCCUGCUGAGCCUACCUGCUUGUGGGGCAAAGGCCUGCACCUGGAUAGCAGUUUUUACCAUAGCAUUGAUUAUUGAAACUAAAUGAAGGUUUCAUGUAAUGAUUACGUAUUUUUAAGAGCUAAAUUAUCAUGUACCUUUCUCAACGUUGUUAUUUAAUAUGGGUAAAUCUAUGUUAAAGUGAAAAUACACAUCCAAAGACUAUU